GUGAUAAAUAGUCUAACUAUAAUCUUCGGCCACCACGCACUGUUGUAACUUUACUUCAGUGUGAGCGAGUACUUAUCGUGUGCAAGUGGACAUCUCCUGGUCAUUGUUGCUAUCGUUGUUCUUGGCUCUCUGAGCUUUCCUCAAAAUGGCAGCCGAUGCUGGUCUUGACGCGGGCUUCAUUCCCGCAUUGCACAAGCCAUCUGCACUUUUGCCCAUCGCCAAACAUCGCGAGGCGUUGCUGUACACGGUCGAAACGCACCCUGUCACCAUUGUCGUCGGUCAGACUGGUUCCGGAAAGAGUACGCAAAUCCCCCAGUUCCUCGAGAAAGCAGGGUGGUGUGCUGAUGGAAAGGUCAUUGCAAUCACUCAGCCUCGUCGUGUCGCUGCAUCCACGGUUGCCAUCAGAGUCGCCGAAGAGUUUGGCUGCGAACUUGGAAAGGAAGUCGGCUUCUCCAUCCGCUUCGAGGAUGUCACCUCUGAAGCAACCCGCAUCAAGUUCCUCACUGACGGUCUUCUGAUUAGAGAGGCGCUCGUCGAUCCCUUGCUUUCGCGCUACUCCGUCAUCAUGAUCGAUGAAGCCCAUGAACGAUCCAUCAGCUCCGACAUCUUGCUUGGCUUACUCAAGAAGAUCCGCAAGAAGCGCCCCGAGCUGAGAAUUAUCAUCAGCAGUGCAACCUUGCAAGCCGAGGAAUUUCUCAGGUUCUUCUCCGAUAGCACUGACGAGGCCAAGUCCGCUGACAAUGUUCAGUCUGACGAGAAGCAGGAUGCCCCAGUCGGCGCCAUCGUCAGCCUAGAGGGCCGAACCUACCCCAUUGAUAUUCUUUACCUCGAGAAGCCCGCCGAGGACUAUCUCGAGAAGGCCAUCUCGACCGUCUUCGACAUUCAUAUCAACGAACCAAAAGGCGAUAUCCUUGUUUUCCUGACCGGCAGAGACGAGAUCGAAAAGGCCGUCGAAGCUGUCUCCGAGCGCUCGGCCCAGUUGCCCGCGGGAUCCCAAGCCAUCUUGCCUCUGCCACUUUACGCUGGCCUCCCGACUGAGAAGCAGAUGUACGUGUUUGAUGAAACUCCCGCCAAUUUCAGAAAGGUCAUUUUUUCAACAAACAUCGCCGAAGCCUCCGUAACCAUUGAUGGCAUCGUCUAUGUCGUUGAUUCCGGCUUUGUCAAGCUGCGGGCAUACAAUCCCCAGACCGGCAUCGAGACAUUGACCGCGACUCCCGUAUCCAAAGCCUCUGCGGCCCAGCGUGCCGGGCGAGCGGGUAGAACGAAAGCCGGAAAAUGCUUCCGCCUCUAUACCGAGGAAGCGUACCAGGCUCUCCCUGAUGCCAACCCUCCCGAGAUUCAACGCUCAAACCUGGCACCUUUCGUUCUUCAGCUCAAGGCACUGGGUAUCGACAAUGUCUUGCGCUUUGAUUUCCUCACUCCACCCCCUGCUGAGCUCAUGACGCGGGCCUUGGAGCUGCUGUACUCCCUCGGUGCUUUGGAUGAUUACGCCAAACUCACAAAGCCGCUGGGGCUGAGGAUGGCUGAGCUGGCUGUUGAACCAAUGAUGGCCAAGACCCUUCUCUCCGCCCCCUCUUUCGGCUGCCUUGGCGAAAUGUUGACAAUUGCAGCCAUGACCAGCCUGGGAGGUUCCAUCUGGGUCCAGCCCGAUGGCGGAAAGGAUGAAGCAGAGAGCGCGAGGCGCAAGUUCGCUGCUGAUGAAGGUGACCAUCUUACGCUUCUGAACGUCUACCAGGCUUUCGUUACCAAGGGACGCAAAGGGGCUCGGUUCUGUCAUGACAACCUGAUCAACUUCAAGGCCAUGACGCGUGCCAUGAGCAUUCGCGCGCAGCUGAGAAGGUGGCUUGAGCGCUUUGGAAUCACCGAGGACGAUCUGUCAGUCGCUCAACCAGCAGCAGCAGCAGCUGGAGUCAACAAGGCAGAACAAAUCCGACGGUGCCUGACGACGGGUUACUUUGCCCAUGCUGCGCGCAUGCAGUCAGACGGAUCCUUCCGAAACGUGUCGGGCACCACGGUGCUGCACGCGCAUCCCAGCUCGCUCAUGUUCAACCGUAAGGCUGACUGGGUCAUCUUCCACGAGAUCAUGGAGUCCGGAGAGAAGACCUUUAUCCGGGACAUUACCAAGAUUGAGAAAAACUGGCUGGUUGAGUAUGCGCCCGCCUUUUACAGUACGAUGUAAAGGCAGUCAAUCAUCACGAGGGCCAGGCCAGCCCACGUGAGCGGCACUUCAUUUCUGCAGGGAGAGCAGUAACCCUGUUGUCGGAAUAGGUCGUUUUCCAGGGUUGCGUUUCCCGAUGUUUGAUUAAUAGAUAGUUUCAGGUGCACACAAUCCCAAAAUCACCAGAUGUCUUUGAUAUCGUCUCCAAUACCAUCGUGCCGCGCGCCA